AUGAUUACAUUUUUUUCGCAGAGAUCUUCUUGCCAGUCAUUCGCGGUCGCGAUCAAACGCACCGUCAAUAAACAAUUUUCCUCAUCCGCAAAUCGGGUACCCAGAACAUCAAUUACGCGAUGCAGGCCCAUCUCGACAGCAGUAGGCCAAAUUAUCAACCUCCCCGACGGUAGGAGUCUCGGCUAUCACGAAUUUGGUGAUCCUACAGGAACUCCAGUGCUUUACAUCCAUGGAACACCAGAUUCUGGAGUCACACUCUCUGGAUUUGAACACCCUCUCGCGAAACAGCUGGGCGUCCGCUGGAUUGCCCCAGAUCGUCCAGGUAUCGGGAACUCCACAUUUUAUUCGCACCGAAGAGUCUUGGACUAUCCAGCCGACCUGAGAGUUUUGAUUCAGCAUCUCGGGCUUCCCUACUAUCGCAUCAUUGGAACGAGUGAAGGAACUGGCUACACUCUUGCAUGCGCACAAGCAUUACCUAGAGAGGAGUUAUUGGCGGUUGGCAUCUGUGCUGGCGUCGGGCCUUGGGAAGCCGGUCAGGCCGGUCAAAGUGGACUAAUCCAGAAACUCAUAAUUGUUUGGAAAGACCAGAACGAAGAGUUCGUCAAGUACAUGGAAAGCACCUUUCUCGCUGCGGCACAGGAUCCCGACCCGGCCAAAAUGGAAGCAGUCUGGAGAGAACAGAUCAAGGGUUUCAAAGAGGAAGAUCGAGAAGUCCUGGAGAAACCAAGCGCUUUCCAGUCUGCUGUCAGGGUUUUCAGACAAGUUUAUGCGCAAGGAGGUGCAGGUCAUGGCCUCGAGAUGAAGCUCAACACUGAACCUUGGGGUUUCAGCCUGGAGGACGUCGAGUACGAGAGUAUCCGACUGUGGUAUGGGUCUGCUGACGAGAAUACUUCACCAGAAAUGGGACGAUACAUGGCAGAGAGGCUACCAAAGGCGGUCUACAAGGAGUAUCCCGGGGAGACGCACUACACUAUAUGGAGAGAAGACUUGUUGACGGAAUUUCUCAAGGACCUAAUACGCUGA